UAUGUUAAGUGACAGUUGGACCAAAGUGGCCGCUGUUGAUAAUUAAAAUUUGCUUUGUGACUUUUUUUCAUUGGACGUUUAAUACCCAUUUUAUGGCACACGCUUUUAUCACUCAAACAGAGGAACCGCGUUUACCUACUCUCAAUCCUAAUAUGUCUGGUCGUGGUAAAGGAGGCAAAGUAAAGGGAAAGUCAAAGACCCGUUCCAGCAGAGCCGGACUUCAAUUUCCCGUCGGUCGUAUCCAUCGAAUGCUCCGCAAGGGCUCGUACGCUGAACGCGUCGGUGCCGGUGCCCCCGUCUACUUGGCUGCCGUCAAGGAGUACUUGGCCGCUGAGGUCCUCGAGUUGGCCGGUAACGCCGCCCGUGACAACAAGAAGACCCGCAUCAUUCCUCGUCACUUGCAAUUGGCCAUCCGCAACGACGAAGAGUUGAACAAACUUCUCUCCGGUGUCACCAUCGCUCAGGGUGGUGUCUUGCCCAACAUCCAGGCAGUUCUCUUGCCCAAGAAGACUGACAAACCCACUAAGGCCUAAACUUCUCCCGUCUUUGACUAAA